AUUAUUGUUUUACACCAGUAGACCGGAAGUGAAUUGUUUUUGAUAUAACAACAUUGCGGGAGAUUCACAGAAAAAUUGAAACAUGAUGACAGGAGGUAAUAAAGCCAGUGGCAAGACAAAAACAGAAAAAUUCCAAUUUGGUCCAUGGACUUUAACUGCAACGGAAAGUCAUAUCCUGAAGUCUGAGGGACCAGAGAGAGAACGAUUUGAAAGCCAGUUAGAAUUGCCACAGUUUCCAGAGAUGGUAUUUGCUAACAACAUACUUCAUCUGGAACAUAUGGGAGGAUUUGGAAUAGAAUUCAACACAUUUGAUGCACUAAAGAUGGUUGAUGCUCACCACGAUCACCUGAAGGUCGCCGUUUCUGAAGCUUGGCAGGAAGCAAGAGCUGACAGUGAACAUAUAAAGGAGGUGAUAAAGCCGUUUGAUUGGACCUACACGACAGAGUAUCAAGGCACAGUGUUUGGGAAGGGUGACACACAAAUCAAGGUGUCCGACACAGAAGAAAGAAUAGAUAUGGAAAAGUUAAUGGUCAAGGAGAAGAUCAUGUUUUAUGCUGAUAUUCUGUUGUUUGAGGAUGAACUUGCAGAUAAUGGAACCUCUAUAUUAAAUGUCAAGAUUCGAGUCAUGCCGACUAGUUUCUUUAUCCUAAUGAGGCUGUUUAUGAGAGUGGACAAUGUAAUGGUCAGGAUUAAUGAUACACGGCUUUAUCACGAGGCAGAGAACAACUUUAUUUUGAGAGAAUUUACUAGCAGAGAUGAUCAGAUAAAGGAUAUCAAGGCUCCUCCACAUGUCUUGACACAACCAAAUGAAGUCCAGAAAUACCUGACUGUGCGGAAGGAAGUGUUUCAAAAAUUAGAAUUUCCUGUUGUAUCUAAAGACUCAAAUACUGUACCCCAACAGACGUAACCAGUAACAACUAAAGGACUUCAUUCUAUGAUUUGCUCACUGACUCUAGAGAUAAAGAUGGUUUCUAUUUGACACAAACCAAUUUUGAUAUUGAAACCAUUACCUUUAUUAUGGUGAUUGCUGGCAUUGUCAGUUUGUAAAACCACAGAAAGCCAUAAUAUGUGAUUUUUCUAUCACACAGCACCAAGUUAUUGUUAGUGUGCCAGUCAGUCUGAAAUGAGUGGCUGUUAGUGUGACCACACAGCACAAAUGUACAAUGACCGCUAUAGGCAGUUAUUUUGAGUGAUCGGCAGUGUAUAAGCUGUCAGGAUGAUUUUCAGUGAUUGGCAGUGUAUAAGCUGUCAGGAUGAUUUUGAGUUAUCGGCAGUGUAUAAGCUGUCAGGAUGAUUUUGAGUGAUCGGCAGUGUAUAAGCUGUCAGGAUGAUUUUGAGUGAUUGGCAGUGUAUAAGCUGCCAGGAUGAUUUUCAGUGAUUGGCAGUGUAUAAGCUGCCAGGAUGAUUUUCAGUGAUUGGCAGUGUAUAAGCUGUCAGGAUGAUUUUGAGAGAUUGGCAGUGUAUAAGCUGCCAGGAUGAUUUUGAGUGAUUGAAAUUGUUUGAGCUGUUACGAUGAUUUUGAAUGAAAUUAUUUUGGCUCAACUGUAGGUUUAUUUUUCUGUGAUACCACCUCCCCUGGCUGAACUAACAGUUUGGAUACAAAUAUUUUGUCAAUCCAAAGAUUUCUAAGGUGUGCUCUUACUUCAUGGAAUCAUUGCUUAAAUUUUACAUAAAACUUAGAUAUUCAUUAAACCUGAGAUGGCCUUCUGCUGAUUUCUAAUAUAUAAUAAUAUUAAGUCUGCAUCCCAGGACUUUUUUGUUAUAAUGCAUUUUAAACUGACAAGCCUGAUAUGAAAUACUGUUGUAGGGGUCUUUAAGCUACCAACAGAUCAUAAUUCCGUUAUACAAGUUUUAUAAAUAGCUGGGUAGGGGUGAUACUUAUUUGUUUAUAAUAAUGCAGAGCUUUUUACUACAUUACGAAUUAAUGAUCCAAACUAAAUGUUGUCUUGUUAUAACACACACUUAAUUAAGAGGGGUAUCUACUUUGACUGUCCGUCCAUAUGUCCAUACAAAGCAUGUGUUCGUGAACCUCCUACGUGGGGCAGUUGCCAGGUACUGACCAUAGGCCGGUGGUUUUUCUCCAGGUACUCCGGCUUUCCUCCACCUCCAAAACCUGGCACGUCCUUAAAUGACCCUGGCUGUUAAUAGGACAUUAAACAAAACAAACCAAACCAAAUCGUGAACCUCUGGACAGAUUUAGUUCAUGCUUGCACCAUAACAUCACAUCAGGUUCUACACCGGAUUUUGGUGAUCAUCAGUCAAGGUUAAUGGGCAAGGUCAAACUUGACCACUUUAUGAAGGCUCACAGAAGAGUGUGUAAGCCCUUCUUUCACUUUUCUGUAUUAUUUUACGGAAUAAUAUUUAUGUUUUACUCGUGGAAUUAAGGUAAAGUUAAACUAGCGAAGGGACUAUGGGUUACUGUAAUAAGCACAGGUACUCUAUGUUACUGUAACUAGCACAGUCUAUAGGCCACUGUCUAGCACAGGAGACUGUAGGUUACUGUUUACUGGCACAGGGGACUGUAGGUUACUGUUUACUGGCACAGGGGACUGUAGGUUACUGUUUACUGGCACAGGGGACUGUAGGUUACUGUUUACUGGCACAGGGGACUGUAGGUUACUGUUUACUGGCACAGGACACUGUAGGUUACUGUUUACUGGCACAGGGGACUGUAGGUUACUGUUUACUGGCACAGGACACUGUAGGUUACUGUUUACUGGCACAGGGGACUGUAGGUUACUGUUUACUGGCACAGGGGACUGUAGGUUACUGUUUACUGGCACAGGGGACUAGGUUACUGUUUACUGGCACAGGGGACUGUAGGUUACUGUUUACUGGCACAGGACACUGUAGGUUACUGUUUACUGGCACAGGGGACUGUAGGUUACUGUUUACUGUUACAGGGGACUGUAGGUUACUGUUUACUGGCACAGGACACUGUAGGUUACUGUUUACUGGCACAGGACACUGUAGGUUACUGUUUACUGGCACAGGGGACUGUAGGUUACUGUUUACUGGCACAGGGGACUGUAGGUUACUGUUUACUGGCACAGGACACUGUAGGUUACUGUUUACUGGCACAGGACACUGUAGGUUACUGUUUACUGGCACAGGGGACUGUAGGUUACUGUUUACUGGCACAGGGGACUGUAGGUUACUGUUUACUGGCACAGGACACUGUAGGUUACUGUUUACUGGCACAGGGGACUAGGUUACUGUUUACUGGCACAGGACACUGUAGGUUACUGUUUACUGGCACAGGGGACUGUAGGUUACUGUUUACUGGCACAGGGGACUGUAGGUUACUGUUUACUGGCACAGGACACUGUAGGUUACUGUUUACUGGCACAGGACACUGUAGGUUACUGUUUACUGGCACAGGGGACUGUAGGUUACUGUUUACUGGCACAGGGGACUGUAGGUUACUGUUUACUGGCACAGGGGACUGUAGGUUACUGUUUACUGGCACAGGGGACUGUAGGUUACUGUUUACUGGCACAGGGGACUGUAGGUUACUGUUUACUGUUACAGGGGACUGUAGGUUACUGUUUACUGGCACAGGACACUGUAGGUUACUGUUUACUGGCACAGGGGACUGUAGGUUACUGUUUACUGGCACAGGGACUAUAAUUUUGCACUUAGCCAAUUAGACAGUAAAUGUACAGUUUAUCUGAGGCUUGUCUCCUAACCUAUCACCUACAAUGUUUGGUUUGUGUGCAUCUCAUUGGAUGAUGGAGUAUAACUUACUGAAAUUUGGUCUAGUACCCCACUAUAGUGUACAAAUGCAUGUGUGUAUAAUAUAAAUGUGGCUCUCUACAUACCAGGUCUGGUACAGAGGCUGAAUGCUGUAUUGCUGAAGUAAAUGUAUCUAUACCAGAUAUUCUAUUGUAUUUUACAUAAACAACACGAGUACACACUUAAUGUACAUUGUAUUGUAUUAAACUGGGUGCUGGCACCUGGUUUGAUUUUGUUUUGAAAGAAGUAACUUGUUGUUGGUGAGAAAAUGAUUGUGAGAAAAUGAUUCUGUUUAGUUAACCUGGCACUGCUUGUGUGAAUUCUCAGUCUACUUCUUUUUUUCAUUCCACAAUUUUUUCCACCUGACCAUAAGACCUAGCCCAGGGAUUAUGAUAUUUUUGGUAUGAAGCUUGCUUCCCUGUGGUAUAUGUAAGUAUGUAAGGUUGAUGUCUAAUUUAGGACAGAUCCAUAUCUAAAGGUGACAAAAGUGACAUGAUUGAACAAUGUAACAAAGGUGUUAUCUACUCACAAGUGCUGUUGAUUUAAUUUAUUUUCAAUAAAUUUUAAAUAAUGA